UAGAGGUGCACGACACUUUCCGACACUCGCGAAUACCUUUACGACAGUCCGUGGUGGUAUGGUCACACGUGUUGUCAUCAUCGCAUGGAGGUCUCUCGGAGUAAAUAGCUGCAGAAAGCCGAUCGACUUUAAGAUUUGAAGAAAAAUGUCUUACAGAGGAGGUGGAGGACGAGGCGGAGGUGGAGGAUUUAACCGAGGUGGUGGAGGAUUUGGCAGAGGAGGUGGAGGAUUUGGAAGAGGAGGUGGAGGAGGCAGAGGAGGUGGAUUUCGUGGUGGUGGCAGAGGAGGCUUUAAUAGACAACAGGACUAUGGUCCUCCAGAAUAUGUCGUCGCACUGGGAGAGUUCAUGCAUCCAUGUGAAGAUGACAUCGUGUGCAAGUGCACAACAGAGGAGAAUAAAGUUCCCUACUUUAACGCCCCAGUGUACUUGGAAAACAAGGAGCAGAUCGGGAAGGUGGAUGAGAUAUUCGGCCAGCUCCGGGACUUUUAUUUUUCAGUCAAACUUUCUGACAAUAUGAAGGCAUCUUCAUUCAAGAAACUACAGAAGUUUUAUAUAGAUCCAAUGAAGCUCCUCCCACUGCAGAGAUUCCUCCCCAGGCCGCCAGGAGAGAAAGGUCCACCAAGAGGCGGCAGAGGUGGAGGAAGAGGAGGUGGUCGUGGAGGUGGUUUUCGAGGGGGCCGUGGUGGAGGAUUUGGAGGCGGCCGUGGUGGCGGCGGACGAGGUGGUGGAUUUGGAGGCGGACGAGGUGGAGGAGGAGGCUUCAGAGGAAGAGGAGGUGGAGGACGUGGAUUCAGAGGCGGGAGAUGAUCUGAGCGUGAUGGUCUGGUGUGACGGUCUCAUCCCCGUCUCCUGCUACACGGACAGAAAUGCUGCGUUCUAUGCCAGUGCCUGGCCUGUUGGACUCACAAUAUGGACAUUGUUUCUAUUUGUAGAACUUGAAUGGAUUUUCCCUUCUUUUUUUCUUUUUUUUACCAGUUUUGAAUAUGUGAUGGAUCUUGAUGAUUUUUAUUUAAAGGUUCAUAUAUAUAAUGCUUGUAUGCAACAUAAUGAGGACCCUUCAGCCUGUUUAGGAGAUUUAGGCUCCGAUCAGACGGAGCGCUGUUUAGCAGCCUUUUGUAAUGAAAGUGAAGAUUCUUCCUUUUGCGAUGCACAGCGCCUCAAGUUUUUCUGCUCAUUGAGGCUUGUGUGUUUGUGGAAGUGCUCAGAGCAGUAAAGCAUCUGAUGUCAUUUGCAUUAGCUAGCAACUAUUCAACAAAAAAAGCAAGCUGCAUUUUAUUAAAUUGUAGGCUGAACAACAAGGGCAGUGUGGUGCGCCUCAUGUUUAGCAACCUGCUAAAAGCACGCUGUCUGAUCCGGAUCUUAUUGGGCCCCUUUGUGAACAGGCACAUCAUUAUCUUGUGAUGAUUAUUUUCAAAUGUUUGGCCAUGACAGAUGUUUGUACUUUGAUUAAGAUUCAAGAGAUGCAUUCACAAACUUCCAUUUAUUACUUUCCUCAGAUAUGGGAACAUGUGUGGAAAAUCUUUAUAUGCUGUUAGUUGAAAACAUUUUAAUACCCCUCAAUUGUAAAAUCUUGAGCAGAAUGUUGUCACAUUUGUUAAAGGCUCUUGAAUAAAAGAUGCUUUGUAA